CCCUGGUUCGCAGGCUGUGCCGAUACGCGGCAGCGCGGGCCCUAGCUGCCGCCAUGGCGGCGCAAGCUCCCUUGAAUGUCCCAUCAAUGUCAUCUCCUGAGUCCUGGCAUGCCAAUGUGUCAAAUCGAGCUAGGCACUGCAGAACGGCCUGACGAUUAGAGGGAUCAUCCAAGUCCUGCAAGAAAUAGAGUUGUGAGGUACAAGGACGCAAACAUUUCUACCUAUGUCAUCAGGAGCGUGUUUAAUGACUAUAUAGCUUUCUCAUAGCCCCAUUGCCAACAGGAAAGCUGGUUUGAAGUUCUGCACUUUAGAAGUCUUUCCCCUGCCUACCUUCUGAUUCCCAAGCCCAUGCACGCGCAGCUCAUGCAGUAGGGCUUGUUUCUACAUGUCGUGCCCUCGUGGACCAGUCUUUUCUGGCACUGGGGUCAUUUGCAGCAGUGCCUUCUGUAUGAAUAUGAAUGUUGUUCUGCUUUAGUCGACCCGGCCCACUUAGCUCGCACCACAAUGUCAAAAGACCACAAAGAUCUGCACUUCAAGUUGUUCGUCGGAAACUUGAGCCCCAAAGUUACAGAGUAUCAGCUCGUAAAGCUCUUCUCGCAGCACGGAACAAUCGUCCAGGAGGACUUCAUGUGGCACCGCGAUGGUCCCAAAAAGGGGCAGCCCCGGGGGUACGCUUUCGUUGAGUUCUCCACCCGGAGGGAGGCGGAAAAAGCGGUGGCGCAACUAGAUGGGAGGUCUUUUCUUGGCAGGCCUCUGGUCGUGCGGUUUGCAGAGGGGGGGAGGGGGCCAAAAGCAGCAAAGAAGAGUGGGUCUGGGGUCGCAGAGAGGGAAAGGCAGAUUGCGGCCAUUCAAAAGAAACUUAGAAGCAUGGAAGAGGAGGGGGCGAGUGGUGGGUGAAAAUGGGCUGCGCUGCUGGACCAUUUCAAGCAGACGCGGAGCGCCAAGGGGCGCUCGUCACGUCCUUCGAUGCACAAAACCUUGUGCGCACAAAUGGUUCCUGUGUGGAACACUUUGGAGUAUCGAAUCCAAAGGGCCUGCAUCAGAUGCAAAAAAGGUGCGGAGUAUGCCGUUUCUAGAUUUGCAGCUCUGACUACACUAUAGUCCCCAGCUUGGCAGACAGCUUGUGUUCUCGAAAAUUUGCGAGCGGUCAAGUCAAAGAAAAGAAGACAAAGUCAAAGACAAGAAGACGAAAGAACGAAGUCCACAACAGUAGCAAGGGAAUCGGCACCCAACCUUUGCAAAUUUUUGAAUGAAACAAGGACAACACGAUGGUCUUAUUCGAGUUUGAGAAAGGGGUGACUCGCGAAGUUAGAACAGACAUCUCCAGAAGCUGGUGCAAAAGCAGGCGAGGAGCAUUAGGAGUUAUAGAAGUGAUACACCUAGGGAGCGCCGCUUGGAACUACCGUAUUCUCAAGCUUCUUGUAUGACACAGGUCAAUCGCGGGAAUGAAUAUUUGCUUUGUUUGUGAUUACAAUCGCCGCUGCCAGUGAGGCUGCCAUUGGGCUCUCAAUCAUGUUAGCAGGACAUAUACCAUGCACGGG